GUGCCAGGAUUAAGAGGGUUUGCAAUGAGGGGCUACACGGAGAGAGAAGGGGCAGAGCCCUCAUGCCUAUAUCCAGAAGCCAGCUGAUGACGUGAGAGAGAAGAAAAAACAGGCAAGACAGCGCCAGCAUGAGAGAAGGAAAGAGGAAGAGAGAAAGCAAGGGUAGGUGUGGAGGCAGGCAGCCCCAGACUUCAGCCAGCCUCUGCCUGGUCUCUUCUGAGCUGCCAAAUUCUCCAGGAUGGGCACCAGGGAAGUGGUCAUGCCCCCUCUGGUGUGGGGGCUGCUAGGCUGCUGUUUCCUCUGCAGCUGGGCUCUGGGGGAUCCACGGCUGCUCCACUCUCUGCCCCCGCUGUCCUCCCCAGUCAAGCCAGGAUCUGUACCUGUGUGGGUAUCUCCGGAGGGGCCUAAGGCAGCCCUGGCUUUUCUCUACUCUGGAGAUGCCCGACAGCUCUCAGGGGCUAAUUGCAGUGAACGCUAUGAAGCCCACGGGGCAGGAGGCAAGCCAGGGCUCUCCCCAGUCCUAUGGAGGGCAGCAGGCACCCUUACCCAGGCUGCUAAUUUCCUCAACAUGCUGCUACAAGCAAACGACAUCCGUGAAUCCAGUGUGGAGGAGGAUGUGGAGUGGUACCAGGCGCUGGUCCGCAGCAUGGCUGAGGGAGACCCAAAGGCCUAUCGUGCUUUGCUGACCUUUAACUCUCCACCGGGGGCCAUUCACCCACAGCUGGCCCUGCAGGCCACCCGGAUAGGGGAAGAGACCAUCCUUCAAGACUUGUCUGGGAACAGGGUGCAGGAGAGCCCAGCUGAGGCCCUGGACACCUCUGCCCUGCAGAAGCGGGUGCUGACCAAUGACCUAGGGAGCCUCGACAGUCCCAAGUGGCCCCAGGGGGAUGGAUAUGUGGGGGACAUGCAGCACGUGAGACUGUCUCCUCCUUUCCUGGAAUGCCAGGAGGGCCAGCUCCGUCCAGGCUGGCUUAUCACACUCUCAGCCACCUUCUAUGGACUUAAGCCAGACCUCAGCCCGGAGGUCAGGGGGCAGGUGCAGAUGGACAUAGAUCUUCAGAGUGUGGACAUCAAUCAGUGUGCCAGUGGCCCAGGCUGGUACUCCAAUACACACCUGUGUGAUCUCAAUACCACCCAGUGUGUCCCCCUGGAGAGUCAGGGCUUUGUUCUAGGCCACUACAUCUGCCGCUGCCGACCUGGCUUCUAUGGGGCAAACCACUCCAGGGGGUUAGAAGAGAGUGCUGCCCAGCCUCCUAGGCAAUUCUGGUCCUCUCAAGGCAGCUUUGGGAGGCUGCUGCAGUGCCAGCCAUGUGCUGAGGGCUGCACCAGCUGCAAGGAUGCCACGCCAUGCCUGGUAGAGGAAGGCCUGGCACUGCGGGCAGCACUACUGGCCUGCCAGGCCUGCUGCAUGCUAGCCAUCUUUCUGGGCAUGCUGGUCUCCUACCGCUGCCGCCGGAGCAAGAGGAUCCGGGCAUCUGGAGUUGUUCUGCUGGAAGCCAUCCUUUUUGGAUCCCUGCUGCUCUACUUCCCUGUCUUCAUCCUGUACUUCAAGCCCAGUGUAUUCCGCUGCAUUGCUCUCCGCUGGGUCCGGCUGCUGGGUUUUGCCACUGUCUACGGCACCAUUAUACUCAAGCUUUAUAGAGUGCUCCAGCUGUUUCUGUCUCGAAUGGCCCAGCGGGGCCCCCACCUGAGCAGUGGGCUGCUGCUGCAGCGUCUGGGACUGCUCCUGAUGCUUGUGGUGGGCUUCCUGGCUGUGUGGACGUUGGGGGUCCUGGAACAAGGCAUCCAGCACACGCCUCUGGUGACCCGAGGCCACACUCACUCAGGCCGCCACUUCUAUCUCUGCUACCAUGACCGCUGGGACUACAUCAUGGUUGUGGUUGAGAUGCUGCUCCUGUGCUGGGGCAGCUUCCUCUGCUAUGCCACCCGGGCUGUACCCUCGGCCUUCCACGAGCCACGCUACUUGGGCAUCGCCCUGCAUAAUGAACUGCUGCUCUCUGCAGCCUUCCACACAGCCAGGUUCACGCUGGUUCCCUCUCUGCACCCGGACUGGACCCUCCUUAUCUUCUUCUUCCACACGCACAGCACAGUCACAACCACACUGGCUCUGAUCUUCAUCCCUAAGUUCUGGAAGCUGGGGGCUCCUCCCCGAGAGGAGAUGGUGGAUGAGGUGGACGAGGAUGAGCUGGACCUGCAGGGCUCAGGCUCCUACCUGGACAGCAGCACCGCCUCAGCCUGGAGUGAGCGCAGUCUGGACCCCGGAGACAUUCGGGAUGAGUUGAAGAAGCUCUAUGCUCAGCUAGAGGUCCACAAGACCAAGGAAAUGGCUGUUAACAACCCUCACCUGCCUAAGAAGCGGGGCAGUGCACACCAGGGCCCGGGCCGCUCCUUCAUGAGGUACCUGGCCCAGUUCCCAGAGGCCCUGAGCCGGCAGCACUCUCGGGACUCACGCUCCCCGAGCCGCAGCAGCCUGCCCAGCUCCUCCCGCCGCAGGCUCCUCAGCUCCAGCUUCCAGGAACCCGAAGGGCCACCAGCUCUGCGCAAAUCCCACAGCACCUACGACCACAACCACCGCAGGGAGCAGAACCCGCCUCUCCUCAACUCUCUGCUGAGGAGGAAGCUGGCCAAGAAAGCCUCACAGGCAGAAAGCAGGGAAUCAACAGAGGGGCCCCCUGCCCUGGGCUUCAGGUCAGCCAGUGCCCACAACCUGACAGUGGGGGAGAGGCUCCCCAGAGCCCAGCCAGCCUCUUUGCAUAAGUCGCUCAGUGUUGUGACUGGCUCCAGUGAAAAGGCCCUGCUCAUGGUCAGCCAGGCCUACCUGGAGGAGACCUAUCAGCAGGCGAAGGAGCGAGAGGAGAGAAAAAAGGCAGAGGCGGCCUUGGUGAGCCCCAUGCGGAGGCCAUCAGCCAGGAGGCUAGAGCGAGCUCAAGGCUUUCCUCUGUCAGCCCCACCUUCCCCUGCCAAGAGCAGCAGCGUGGACAGCUCCCACACCUUUGGGAAGCUUCAUGAGGAGGCUGCAAAAAGGCUGCCUCACUCACCCAUGCGGCACCAGGUCUCCACACCCAUCAUAGCCCUGUCUGGGGCCUGUCUCGGAGAGCCAAGGAUGCUGUCUCCCACCUCCACUUUGGCUCCAGCUCCAGCUCCAGCCCCAGCCCCAGUCCUAGUACCCCCCCAAAGCCCUAGCUUACUCACCUACAUCUGCCCCUGGGAGAAUGCAGAACUGCCAGUCAAGAAAGAAAACAUGGCUCAAGAAGGCCCCUCAGGGCCAGAGCGAGGCAACCACCUCCCUGCCCCAGUUCGGGCUAGGCUCUGGAGGGCCCUCUCUGUUGCAGUAGAGAAAAGAGGGGCUGGGGAGAAUGGGAUGGACACAGAGGGCAGGUAUGUCCAGGGGGAAGCUGAAGACAUGGAUGAGAACAGGCCCAAGGUCUCUAAAUCCCAAAGCCUCAAGACCCCUGUUCAGCAAGGCUCCAUGCGCAGUCUGGGACUGGCUAUCAAGGCUCUGACCCAUUCUCGGAGCACAUACAGAGAGAAGGAGAGUGGGGAAGGGAGACCUGAGAAAGAGGAGAAGGGCAGAGCUUCCGGAGAGGGUGUUGGAGCAUGCCCCAGAUCUCCCAGGCUAGGCCGGCUCAAGGUGAUGAGUAAGCAGGCUGCCCUUGCCCCCUGUGAUGAUGAGCUGCUCCAGAACCAACAGAAUGCUCACACCAGCAGAAUGCUCCAAGUCUGUCACCAGGAGGGCAGCAGGGAACAAGCAGACAGAGGCAGGAGGACAUCCCAGGGUCUAGGAGAGGGGAAAGUUGAGACAGCAGGGAAAACAGGGCCUGCCACACCGAGACAAGUCAGGCAGGGCACAGCUGGGGACAAAAGUGCUGAGCAAGCAAAAGAAGCCCCUGUGUGGUGUCCAGAACUGCCCAGAGCUGGCCUCCAGCCCCUGGCCACUGCUGACCACAGGCCUGCAGAGGUAUGUCCCCUGGAAAUCACCGAGUCAGAAAUGUGUCAGCCUGACAGUAGCAAGGCUGAAAUCUGCCCCUGGGAGGUGAGUGGAGCCCCUGAGAAGGGGACAUUAAGACAAGACCUAGUAGAUUCCCAAGAAGAGAGAGGGAAAGCCUCAGGAAAAUCAGAGCCCAAAGAUGUGGUUGCUGUUGCUCGGAAAAAGCCAGAGAGGCUGGUCAGGGGGCAGGAGGCAGUGUGUCCCUGGGAGAGUGCUGAUCCCAGGAGUCUUUCCUGUGUGUCAGCCCCUCAGCACUCUGAUAAAACCAAGGGCAGGUCUGACAAAGUGGGUAGCGUGGAGGCCAGAGUGCUAGCGAAACAUCAGCGGGAAGUCACUAGCCCAGACGCUUCUACAGCUGGCAUUGCUAAAGCAGAGCUCUGUCCCUGGGAGGCAAGUGAAGGAGACAAUGGGAAACCAUCCCAGGAGAGGGUAAAACAGCUCCCCAAGAAAAAGCAGAAAACCCCCAAGAAAGCCUUUUGGGAAGAGCAGAAACUAGGUGGAGACUUGGAGUCUCUGUGUUCAUGGGAGAGGACAGAUUUCCGGGGUCCCUCAGCAGUCUCUACCCAGACCCCAGGAAACCUUGGUUACCCAGAGAGUUUGGGCAAUAGCAUCACAGAGGUGUGUCCAUGGGAGGCAAGGGAUGCUCCUAUCAAGAAAGCAGAGAUCUGUCCCUGGAAGCUGGAUGAUGAGGGAGUGGGGAAGGAAAUGCUGAGUCAGGGGACAAGUGGAGACCCUCUCCAGGAAAAGGGGAAAACUUCCAGAAAAGGGCUCGAUGGAGAGAUGGAACAAACUGGGAAAGCAGUGCAGAAACUGAGUCAAGAGCAGGGGUUGGUGUGUCCCUGGGAGAGCAUAGCCCCUGGGCACUCCAGAUCAUGUCUAGACAAUUCCUCAUCCAAAGCUGGUGGCCAACUCCUCAGCAAUGGAGGAAGCAGAGUAACGCAGGUAUAUCCACGGGCAGAUCUCAGGCCAGAGCUAAGGGACACACCACUUGCCAAGGCAGAAAGGUAUCCCUGGGAGGUUAAAGAGAGAACAGAGGAUUGGACAUUGGGACAGGCAUCACCAGAAGGAGAACCUCAAAAGGAUAAGGAUAAAAUGCCUGGAACAUCAGGAAUCAAAGAUGUCACAACUUGGGAAAAGCCUGAGGGGCAGAUCCAAAAGCAGGAAGAGGUCUGUCCUUGGAACAGUGUGGACCCGGGCAGCUUCUCUCCACAAUCAGGUCCUCAAGACACAGAUAAGCCCAGAGCCAGUUUCCAAACGUCAGGCAGCGUGGGAAGCAAAACUGUUGAGAUCUGUCCCUGGGAUGUGGAAGAAACCCUGCCUGCAGAGAUGGCAGAGAUGGCAGAGAUCUGUCCCUGGGAGGUGAGUGCUGAGGCAGGGGAGGAGAGGGCUUUGGAAGCUGAGGCCAAAAGGAAAAUUUCAAACAAAGCAGGAAAGACUUCUGCAGAUUCUAGACCCAGCAAGAUGGCUGUUAUUUCUCCAAAGAAGCUAGAAAGACCAGUCCUGGAGCAGGAGGUGGCUUGUCCCUUGGAUUCAGGGGAUUCCUCUCAGCAUUCAGACACUCUGGGCACUGACAGGCCAAAAGCUGGAUUCCAGGGACUAGACCAUGCAAGGAGCAGGCCAGCUGAGGUGUGUCCCUGGGAAGUGGAGGAAGCACCUACUAGAGAAAAAGUCAAGAUCUGUCCCUGGGAAGUAAAUGAAGGAGCUACUGGAAAGGGACUGGAUCAAGAGACAGGGAGUGAUUCAGCAGGGAAGAGGGAGAAAACUCUAGAAAAGGGGAGCCUCACCUCCUUGGGAGAAAACAUACCAGAAUGGAAGACAAAACUGAGUCAAGAGCAGGAAAUCAUUUCUCUUUGGGAGAAGAAGGACUUGAAGGAAACUUCUGCUCAGGCUCCUGAAGUCUCAGACUUGUCCAGCAGCAUGAGCAGCAAAGUGGCAGAGGGACACUGCUGGGAAGUGAGUGAUGAAGCAGCAGAGAAAGGAGACCUGACACAAGACCCAAGGACAGGCUCCUUCCCGGAACGUAUAACCCGAGAAAAAGCUCCAUCUUCAAAAACAGGAGAAUCCACUACUGAAGAUGGGAUUCAGGCAAGCACUGAGCUACAAUCUCUCUGUCCGUGGGAGAGCAUGGCCCCAGCAGACUACUUCUCCCACCCAGACAGACAAGGCCCUGAUCGAUCUAAAGCUGGCUCUCCAAGACUGGUCAGUGCUGGGCGCAGGCUCACUGAGGUGUGCCCAUGGGAUGCCCCUGCCUUGGCUGCCCAUAAACCUGACAGCAGCGCCAAAGCUGAGAUCUGUCCCUGGGAGGUGAUGCAAAGAGUCACUGAGGAAGGGAUGGGACGAAAGGAUGGAAAUGGGAAUCCUCAAGAAGAGAAUGGGAAAGCCCAAGGAAAACCAGAAUCCAAAGCUGUGGCAGUUCAGGAGAAGCCAGACAGGGUAGAUGGGAAGCAGGAGGGUGUGUGUCCCUGGGAGAGUCAAGAUUGUGGGGGUCUGUCUCCACAACCAGCCCCACAAGCUUCAGAUAGAAGCAAAGGCAGUUCAGAGGCAGCAGGCAGUGUGGAGGCCAGGGUAACAGAAGAGUGUCCGUGGAAAGUAGAAGAGACUCCCUCUGAUAAGAAAGCAGGAAUCUGCCCCUGGGAGGUGAGUAAAGGAGCAGCACAGAAAGGGGGGCUGGAGCAAGAGGUGGACAGAGACUCCCCCGGGCAAGGAGAGAUGUUCCUUCAAAAGGCAGGAUCUGGAGGAACUGAAGAACACUUUCCAAAAGCAGCAGCAAAAGUCAGCAGAGAGCAAGAGACAGUCUGCUCUUGGGAAGGCACAGGUUUUGGGGGCAUCUGCCUCCACCCAGAUGCUUUGGACACUGACUGGCCCACAGUCAGUCCCUAUGGAGCAAACAGUAUGGGGAGCAAGGUGGCAGAGCUGUGUCAAUGGGAAGUCACAGAUCCAGAGGGAAAUACAAUAAAGGGCACCAUGGCAGACAUUGGGCUUUGGGAGGGAACUGAAAUCCCAUCUGAGGAAUCCAGCCUCCUUGCUUUAACAGCAACUCCGACAGAAAUAUUUUCUCCUACAGCUCCAGAUAACCCACCAUGCCCUUUAGUCCACAGACCUCAGGAUAAUUUCCUUCAGGAGAGCAAAAGCCCCCACCCAGAGGUGAGCAAGCAGGCCAGUACUUUUACUCUAGAAGGUGUCAGAGAACUCCAAGAACUUCCAGAAUUUAGGCCAAGGACCAGCUUCACCCCAGAGCCAAGGUUCCAAGAAGCUGAGGCUCAGAUGUCUUUUUCCUUAACUGACCAAGGAGAAGAAGCUUCUAAAGCUGAACAUGGAGAACUCACCCCUCCAGCUGUCUACCCUUGGGAUCAGGAGUAAAAACUACAUCGGGUGAGCUAGCUCUUGGGAGCCAAGGUCCAUUCCAAGUCCUGGGUACUCCCAAAGAGCUGAAUCAAAGACACUUGGCCACUUCCCAUCUCCAAGAAGGCCAGAAGAUAGUUCAUUCCAAAGAUAAAUUAUACAAGGGGGUACAGCUCAGACCCCAAUAAAGUCCCACCCUCUUUACUUCUAACCCUUCUUCCUGCUCCAGGGAGCAAAGGCUGCUUCUAAUGAAUCCUCCCCUCCAGCUAGAGUAUGCAACACAGCCCAUCCAAAUGUGUCUGGAUUCUCAUCUGUAAAGUCAGUAUUAGGGAUGAAAGGAAGUAUUAAUGGUGCCCAGCCCACAUUUUCUCAUAGAGAAACCCCAUUCUUUGCUGAAGUCUAUGAAAGACCAUUUUUUGAGAAGAAACUAAACCACGUGAGGCAUUGGCAACACAGGGACUGAGGAUCAUAGAAGGCUAUAAGGUCACCAGAGGAAGUUUAAGAAGCCACUUACGAGUUCAAAGAUAAAUCGGAGGAAAACCUUAAAUGGCUCAAAAGAGGGGUCUGAAAUGCCUAAGGACCUUGUCAUUUUGCCUUUGACCUCGUUUCUGCUUUAAUGAUCCUCACACAGACUCUACUUACUGCUGAAACAGAGCUAAUCAAGCACUUUUACAUUCAUUUCAGCAUCUUAGCAUCCAAAGCAACAUGAGAGCACACAGAUGGAAAGGCAAUGGACGGCUUCAGGCCCUCCCCACACUGGCCAAGGGAGUUCCCUCUUCCAGACACCCUCUCUCCCAGUUUAAGGAAUAUACCUCUUGCUAGCCUUUUCAGAGGGUCUCCCCUUCUUCCUGCCCCAUCUGUGGCCAGUCUCUGGAGUUCAUCUCACUGGCUCAUUCUCUUAGCCUUUCAAGUGGAGGGACCCCUCUGUUGUCAAUGCAACUGGAGCAAAGGAGAAUUUCUGGUUCUGAUGUGAGAACCACUCCAAACUCACUCAGUAACAAGAGGCCCACAUCAGUAUCCUUUCCAAGAAGCCUGAGAAAGAAACAAGGCCUUGUUUACAGGCAGCACUAUAACUGCUCUCAGAGAGUAGUGCUACAGGGCAGGUUAGAGGCUUGAGGGCUGGGGAAAGGGCAUUGUGUAUAAACAAAGCCUUCUUUCUUAGGGAAAUCUCUCUCUCAAGAUCUUUGCUUGGCUCUAUUCUCUAAAAUCAGCUCAAGCUACCCUUGCCUAAGUGGUCCCAGAUAAUAGAGUUGCUGGAAUUAGAUAACAUUACCAGAGGGAAAAAACACUGGUCAAAGGAUUCCCAGCAUUGGCAGGGGUGAGGUGGGUGUGGAAAAACAGACGACACAUUAAACAUGGCAGAGCUAGGCAGGGGCACUUAAGAUGGCAGUAAACAUACCCUCGAACUGGACAUACUGAUGCAAUUCAUGGAGAGGAAAGAGACAAAAUGAGGAGGCCAAAUACCCAAUGGGAAAAAAAUGAAUCUGCAUGUAAAUACUCUACGCAGCUACAGGACUUCACAGAAAAAGCAGCACAGUGCUCCACUUCCAAAAAGCAGAAGGAAAGGAAUAACCCACUCUUUCAGGGACCAGACACCCUUGUUCUCAUAUGUAGGCCUUCCCACUUGCCUGGGUCCCUUACCCUGGGCUUUCAGAGCAGCAACUGAAGUACGUAGUUGCUCCAGGCUCCAGCUAGCCAACCCCACAGCUUCCCAGCCAGUGAGAAUUUUGCAAACCGCACCUCAGAACAAUUCCAUGGGUCUAGUCUAGUGGGGAACAAAAAAGCUGUCCCUAUAACCACUGUUUAUGAAAUAAACCACAGGGAAAAAAUAAAAGAAUGCUUUUUCUUGACCACUGCA